AUGGCGGCUUGUUCCGGCACCUCUGCUCGAGCGGCCUACCUGACCGACGCCACUCCGCAGGAUCCCUACCGCUAUCAACAAGGUUUUGGCAACCGUUUUGCUUCUGAAGCCAUGUAAGUGAAUGAUGCUGAUGAUGAUGAUGAUGAUGAUGCCGCGAACGCGCUGCGGGCUGCAGGCUGCGCUGAUCUCCUGCCAGUCCAGGCGUUCUGCCCGAUGCCCGGAAUGCGCCUCAGAGGGUGAAGUAUGACCUCUACUCGGAACAGGUAAGCUCACGCAGGCGACUUGGUUCGAUAUACUACCUUAUGCUUAUGGUUAGCAUGUGUAGCUCAAUGGCUCCGCCUUCAUAUCGCCUCGUGCGGGGAUACACAACACGUACGUCCACUACCCCUAUCUGCAGCCCGGAAAUAUAACGGAGAAAAAAACGCCAGAUGGAUGUAUCGGAUACGUCCUUCGGUAGCACAUGGUCAAUUGCGACGAGCAUGUGCAUCCGAGUACUCGGUGAGUGUACUGCACCACUCGGAGACGAGAGCGUUCCUGACUCUUCCAGCUGGAGUCCUGCUUCCUCUCCUCCAACUUCAACAUCGAACCAGUGGCGUCACAACUAGCCUGGGACCCCUUUCCCAUCCCCAAGUCUCCGGAUACCAUCGACUUCAUCGGUGGCCUGAAGACAAUAGGCGGCAAUGGCGAUCCAACCCUCCGAGAAGGCCUUGCAGUGCACAUCUACGCAGCAAACACCUCGAUGGAGAACACGGCAUUCUGCAAUAACGAUGGAGACUUUCUGAUCCUCCCUCAAGUCGGCCUUCUCGACAUCCAAACCGAGAUGGGGAGAAUGAUGGUCCGGCCAGGCGAACUCGUUGUGAUCCAAGCAGGCAUCCGUUUCAAGGUAUCCCUUCCUUACGGGCCUUCACGAGGCUACGUUCAGGAAAUCUACGGUACACACUACGAACUUCCCGAGCUCGGACCUUUUGGCUCGAAUGGAAUGGCAUAUCCAAGAGACUUUGAAACGCCUGUCGCAUCCUUCGACAUCGAUUCAUCCGAGUGGACCAUUCUCUAUAAACUAGCGGGAGAACUGCACACGUGCAACCAACCUCAUACACCUUUCGACGUUGUGGCAUGGCACGGAAACUACGCACCCUACAAAUACGCGAUCGAGAAGUUCACAAGCAUGGCCAAUGUGGAGAAAGAUCAAGCAGAUCCGACAAUAUACACGGUUCUCACGGCGAAAUCCAAGAUCCCCGGUGUCUCCCUCACGGAUUUCCUGGCUUUCACUCCCCGAUGGAAUACCACGACCAAUACCUUUCGACCCCCUUAUUACCACCGCAACAUGUCCACCGAAGUCAUGGGCCUGAUUUACGGCCAAUACGGCGGCUCCUCGCAUGCACUGGAGCCGGGCGGUCUCUCUUACGAAGCAAGCUAUAUGCCUCAUGGGGAAAGCUAUCAAACCUGGCGGGAUGCCACGACCAGAGAGCUGAAGCCGGAGCGGGUGGCGGAGGGGACUAUGGCGUGGAUGUGGCAUAUGUCUGUCCCGCUCCUCUUGACCAAGUAUGCGUUGAACGGCACCGGAUGUCUCCACACGAGCAAUCCGCGGCAGUGGGAGGACGUCAAGGGGCAUUUCUUGGAUCAUCUGGAGGAAGUCAAUCGGGAUCUGGCCGCGGCGGGGUCGCCGCUUUUGGGGGAGAGGUGA